AUUACUGCAAAUUCAUCGUUCUUUGAGUGUUAUAUGAAUCGAAUCCUUUGAUCAUUUGGCGUGGCAAUCUUGAUCGUACGGUUCCGAUUUCUCUUUGAAAAAAAGUCUUUCAUUGCAGUUUUUGAUUCGAAGGAAUUGCGGAAGAGGGAACGGACAAUGCUCGGCCUGAGCUUGCAGUCGUUUCAGUUUGGGCCAGCAGUGCAGGGCCCGCAUUUAUGUGAUCCAGAUGGUUCAUCUGGUAGGCCCCACCAUGAAUGGACAAUGCUGCGAAGAAAGAAAAGAAAAACUCUCACUAUCUUGGGGAAUUCCUAGCCAUCCGAUUCUUAGGUCCGUGAGUGGAUGGUUCGAUAAAAAAAUGUGGCUGAUUGUCCAUCUGUUAACUUACGGCACAGAUAAGUGUCCACAGAUCGACGGAUGGGAUUGUUUGGUAGUGUUUAGUUUUGGUCUAUCUAUCUAUUUCUCCCCUUCUUUGAUGUAUUUUUCUUGAGAACCGAUCACCUACACGAGGCCCAUCUUUCCCGUAGCAUGUCACAUCUGAACCGUGCAAACAACAGGGUCCCACAUGAAGAUCAUCUGUGUUGAAGAUCAGGCAAAUCCACUUACUAGGUGGUACACACCUGUCCUUGAGCCAGACGAACUCGGCCAUUCUUAGAUUUUGACUGCAUGGCCCAUCUGAUAAGUGGUCUAUCCUCUUUUCUUUUCUUUUUUGUUUCUUCUCUAGGUGAUAGUCAUGGUGGGGCCCGCAUUUUGCAAGGCUCCUGUCUCCUACACAAGUGAUACAUUAGCUGGAAAAUGGGGUUGUGUUCUAAGUUAGCAUGCCACUGGCUGCAGGUGAUGAGUUCUCAAUUUUCAUUUCAUCAACGAACUUCUUGUACCUUCCAAAAAGUCAUUGGAACCCACCAGAUAAAUGUUGUGAACCACUGAAAGGCGGACCUCACCACUGAUGUAGGAUGCUGGUUGAAACAGAAUGCAGCUGGUUCAGACGAAGUAUUUUACAGUACCUGUUAGUGCAAAUCUUCUGUUCUUGGAGCUUAAGCGAGUAGUUGGAAACUCCUGUUGUGAAGAAUCAAGGUUUCGAAGAAAUGGAAACUCUGGUUGUGGAGAAUCAAGGUUUUGAAGAAAUGGAUGGGAUUAUUGACCUUGAAGGAGAGGGUGGUGAGGAAAUUGCAACCCCGACUUCAGCCUCCUCUACUUGCGCUAGUGUGACACUUCCUGCUCGAAAGCUGUUUCAGGCUCAUUCUGCAAGCUCUUCCUGCUCCAAGUCCAAGUUGAUUGCUCAUUUUGUUGGAAUGGGCUUCUCAGAAGACAUGGUGGCUAAAGCAAUUGAUGGAAAUGGAGAAGGGGAUGCAGAGGGAGUACUGGAAACUCUCCUUGCAUAUUCAGUUCUUGAGAAAUCUUCUCCAGGAGGUAGAAGCUUCCCCACUAAUUCAUGUUCUUCAGAAAUUGAAAGGUUUAGCAUGGACGAAGAGCUUCCAAAUGUGGAUAGCUGGCUGGGAAAUGAGGAAACAAAGGAAACUUUUUCUGGGGAGGAGCAGAAAUUGUUGCUUUUAGUGGAAAUGGGCUUCUCCACAGACGAGGCUGCUUCAGCUAUGGAUAGAUGUGGUCCAGAUGCUUCUCUUGUGGAGCUAACUGAUUCCAUAUAUGCUGCUCAAAUAGCAAAGGCAUCUGAGCAUGGGUCAAGUUAUUUGAUUGACGAUUCUCUUGGAGAAAAGAAAAGCAGAAAGUGGCUUGAAGAAGGGGGGAGGUGGGAAAAGAAAAUUAAUUUCCGGAGUAGUCAAUGGGAACAUCAGAAAAACAUUGUAGUGGAUGAAGAUAAUGAGCCAGUAGAUUUUUGCAUUCCGGCCAAUAUGACUGGCUUUGGGGUUCCUGAUGAUCCGUGGACUAUGACUAAGAGAAAGAUCCCAGAGGCUGCAAUAGGACCUCCGUAUUUCUACUAUGAAAACGUGGCAAGUACCCCAAAAGGUGUUUGGAAAACUAUAUCCCGCUUCUUAUAUGAUAUUGAGCCAGAAUUUGUGGAUUCAAAGCAUUUCUGCGCUGCAACAAGAAAACGCGGCUACAUUCACAAUCUCCCCAUUUACGGUCGGUUUCCGCUUCAGCCAGUUGCUCCACGCACAAUACAUGAAGCAUUGCCCAUGACAAAAAAAUGGUGGCCUUUGUGGGACCCACGAAAGCAACUGAACUGUUUACAGACUUGUAUUGCAAGUGCUAAACUAACAGAGAGAAUACGGAGUGCUCUCGCCAAGUCACCCGAUCCACCACCUCAGAAUGUCCAACAAUAUGUGCUGAAUGAAUGCCGGAAAUGGAAUUUGGUUUGGGUUGGGGUGCAUAAGGUUGCCCCUCUUGAGCCUGAUGAGAUAGAGAUGUUAUUGGGAUUCCCAAGGAAUCACACAAGAGGAGGCGGAAUUAGUCGAACGGAGAGAUAUAAAUCUUUGGGAAAUUCUUUUCAGGUUGACACUGUAGCCUACCACCUCUCCAUAUUGAAGUGCAUGUUUCCCAACGGCAUCACAGUUUUGUCACUUUUCUCUGGAAUUGGGGGUGCAGAAGUGGCUCUUCACCAGCUUGGGAUCCCAUUAAAGACUGUUGUUUCAGUUGAAAUUUCAGAAAUCAAUAGAAACAUCCUGCGUAGUUGGUGGGAACAGACGAACCAAACGGGGAAUUUGAUCCAUAUUGAGGAUGUGCGGAAAUUGAACUCCGAUCGGCUUGAGCAACUUAUAAAUACGUUUGGUGGCUUCGAUCUGAUUAUCGGGGGAAGCCCGUGCAAUAACCUUGCGGGCAGCAACAGGGUGAGCAGAGAUGGGCUUGGGGGAGAGCACUCUAUCCUCUUCUAUGAUUAUUAUCGUAUUCUGGACCUUGUGAAGGCGAUUAUGGGGAGAAACGUACAGUAGUCUUGAAAAUAGAGCUACCUUUUGGUAAGUGGCAUUCAA